AUGGAUCUGGAUCACUUGCCCGUUCGAUCUGGGGUGCAUGAUGACACUGAAGGCGAGGUAGUGCGGUUGCGUGAUGAAAGUGCGCAACGACUGUCCCUCGCGCCCGAGAACGACGCAGAAGUACGGGAGGUGCUGCGACUGUUAGGUCAACCAGCAGUGCUACCGAAGGAGACGGAUGAGGAGAGGAGAGCCAGGGUUGCGGUACUAGUGGCCGCUAACAAGAACGUAAUACACAAAUUGCAGCAGUUCAAUCCGUUACUUGGGAGUAAAAGUGGAACUGUUCAGCAACCUGAGAAGGCGGAGGUCAGUGAUGACGAAGAGGAAGAAGAAGAGUUCUACACACCUGCAUCGGAUGAGCUGGUCCACUCCAGGAGAUUCUUGAUAAGAUACUCGAUGGAACGGUCCCGUCGACGGUUACGGAAGUGCAAAGCCGAUGCAGAUAAUUUGGAUGUGAACACUGAAAUUACGAGGCGGCGUGCCCUGAACAGUUCCGUAAGUAAACUCCAGUUGGAGGCGUCACAAGUUGCCUCCACGAGGCCCGUAUCCCUUGUCAGAAUAUCUCCAAAUCAAUCCCGGUUUGCAUCGGCCAGCUGGGAUGGUGGUAUUUCCGUCUUUGAUUGUGAGUCCCUUGAGUCCCUGGCAUCGUUGCCAGCACAUGCAGGCAAAGUUGGUGGUCUCGAUUGGAACUCCGAGGGCUCACUACUUGUUACCGGUGCGGACGACAAUUAUGUGAGACUGACUCGUUACAAUGGGGAGAGCAACGGUCUUGUCAACGUAGCCACGCUGGGCGGGCACGAAAACCGGGUCGUCAACACUGUCUUCCACCCAAGUGACAAGUACGUGGCCAGUGCCUCGUUCGACACCACAUGGAGGUUGUGGGAUGUGGAGACGGCACAGGAAUUGCAAUUGCAAGAGGGCCACUCGAAAGAGGUGUACAGUCUCUCCUUCCAGCCAGACGGGGCACUGAUCUGCAGCGGAGGGCUCGACAGUCUGGCAAUGGUGUGGGACCUCAGGUCUGGGAAGAACAUCGUGACGUUGCAGGGCCAUGCGAAACCAGUAUACUGUGUAGACUGGUCGUCUAACUCGCACCAAUUGGCCACUGGGGGGGGUGAUGGUGUUGUCAAUGUGUGGGAUCUGAGAAAACUGGAGCAACCUGCCACCAAACUGUUGGCGCACAAGAGCAUCGUUAGCAGUCUGAGAUUUGAACGGAACCGGGGGGACGUUCUCGUAUCUGGUGGGUACGACCGUGCGCUGAACGUCUACAGCAGCGACAACUGGAACAAAAUAUGCUGUCUGGAGGGGCACACGGAUAAGCUUCUUGGUGUUGAUGUUGCCGGAGACUGCAAGUACCUGGUGAGCAGUGGGUGGGAUAGAUCUGUCAAGCUGUGGAAAAACUGA